UCCAUGGCUGAGCAUGGGUUGUUAGACUCGGAUCCUUUUUCUUUAUGAGCAUGGUUUGUAUUGCUUCUUUGCUUUCGGGAAUUGGACCUUGUAUUUCAAUAUCCAUCUAAUGAAUUAAUCUUUACAUUUGCCUCACUUUUGCAAUCCACCGAAUCGGUGACUCUAUCGUCCAUUACCUUGCUCCAUGUACUUCAUCCAAACAAGGCUAGCCCAGAAUCAACAUAGAAGGCCGACAAUGUUUGCUCAAAAGACCCACUUUUGGAUCCACCAGGCUUUAUCUAAUCGUUGGAGGAGAAAAGAAAUGAAGUAACAAGCCCUGGAUUAGGAACACACUCUACUGUAGUGUUGGGCACUCAUAUCUGCAGAUCAGUGAAACUUUGUAAAUUUGGCUAAAAAUCUAGUUUGGCAGAGACAAUGCCUCGUCGGGCGACCCAAAUCUUGCACAACGGUCGCAAAGUUCUUGAAGAUCUCGACUUGCUCAAGGUCUUGCAAUCUGAAAUCAAACAUGAACUCUCGUCUCCACCCCUUCAGGACAAUCGAAGAGGGUCUUUGGGUGAUUUCUCGGUGGACUGGGAUUCAUCAGAUUCCCAAGAUGUUGUUUUGCGGAGAAAAUGUGAAACGGGUGAGCAGGUUGUAGUUUCAGCUUUGUCGCGUCCAUCAUGCUUUGCGGAAGGAAGUACAUCUCCAUGGGAAUUUUUGAUGAAAGUGUUUGUGAAAAAGCCUGGCUUGAACUCUGUAUUGCAGUUUGAUUGUGGAAUUUAUGAGAUAGGUCCCAGUCGGUCUGUGUUUGACAUUCAUAAUGCCUAUUAUCUCCAAUCAACAACCUGCCCUGGUCCCUCUGCCUACGGAGGCCCCUACUUCAGCGAUUUGGAUCCUCAUUUACGAAUUGCACUCAAGGAAUACCUAGUAGCCAAGGGAAUUAGUGAAAGCCUUACUAAUUUCCUUUUCCUACAUCUACGUAAAAAGGAGCAAGGUCAGUAUGGGAAUUGGUUGCAGAAACUUGAAUCAUUUGUGGCAAAAGAAGAGUGAUGCCAAACACUAAUAGCAUUAUAGCAAAAGGCUGAACCACUGUUUGAAGGCUGAAAAAACUAUAGAUUAAUUUCGUUGACUGAUGAUCUUAGGAUUUCAAACUUUUGGUUGACUUUGUAUUAUGAAUUAAUUAACAAGUUCAGAUAUUUUUGGUAGUGAACCUUCUAAAUGCAGUGAUAAGAAUGUGACUAUAUUUUCAUCUCCA